CACCGUCCAGCCGGGGUACGACCCCAUCGAAAGCCUCGUGUUUCGAACUGGCACUGCACUUGAUAUUCUCUUUAUCUACCACCACCGUGUCCAGUCGCAACCAUUGAUCCCUCGCCCCUUUCCCCGCUCGUGUCUGAUCGCUCGGAGGAGCGGCAUCCACCGAUCGCUCUGAAUCCCGCGGCGGCAUCGAGCGUUUUGUCUGCACUAUUAGACGAGCAGUCGGGUGCAUCUGCAUCUGCCACGAGGCGCACCAGGUCCGAAUACGAAGACGACGCCAGUGACAGUGAGGGCCGGGUCGUAUCCAGUGCCGGACAACGCAGAGUGACAAAACGACAGAGACUCGAUUCACCGAACCGAACGCCGACCCCCACUGCACACGCGCUCGGCUUCGACAGAUCCACAACUGCUACGGCCUACACCUCCACCCCUACACCAGUUAUGCGACUGUCUGAGCGCGACGACGAAUCGUUACUCUCCAUCUCCCCCUCCAUGGCUAACGACGCCUUUGCCGGUCCAUCAACGCCAUCCACCUCCGCUAAUCCCGGAACCUCUAAUGGACACAGCAAUGGGCACACUAAUGGCGCAUCGACCUCCGGGUUGAAGGAAGGGUUCUCCGUACGCAAAUCCGGGAAGUCGGUGACGCGCGUAUCCCUCCCCGGCAAGACCCUGUACGAUGAUUCAUUGGUGGAUCGGGAAGAGUUUGUGAGGCUCGUAAUACAGAGUUUGAGGGAGGUGGGAUAUAUUGAAUCUGCUGCCACAUUGGAAGCAGAAUCUGGGUAUGAGAUGGAAUUACCUCAAGUAUCCGACUUCCGGCGAUACAUUUUGGAUGGGCUAUGGGGCGAGGCCGAGGAUGCUCUCCUGCAAUUGGGUGUGGCCGAUCACGAUGCCCUCUAUGAGGCCAGGUUUCUGAUCAGUCGGCAAAAGUACUUGGAGCUACUGGAAGAAGAUGACACGACAGCCGCGUUACAUGUGUUGCGAACAGAGAUCACUCCCUUAAACAUUGACACCGAAACCUUGCAUUUCCUCUCCAGUCUGCUGAUGUGCGCUGAUACUGCGGACCUACGACAACGAGUUAAUUGGGAUGACUCUCCAGGAAGUUCAAGACGCCGCCUUCUUUCUGAGUUACAACGCUUCAUACCAUCAUCCAUCAUGAUCCCACCGCGACGUUUCUCGACGUUAUUAACCCAAGCCCUUACAUAUCAGCGCCAGAGCUGUAUAUAUCAUAAUGGACCUACCCCGCUCCCGAUACCAGGUUCAGGCUCAUCCUUGACCUCCUCGAGCUCUGCCUUCUCUCUUUAUCGAGACCACUUGUGCGACAAGAACGCAUUCCCGCGGAUCACCACCAUGAUACUCGAAGGACACACGGACGAAGUUUGGAAUCUCAAGUGGAGCCACGACGGCCAAUUCUUAGCAACUGUGAGCAAAGACCAGACAGCAAUCAUCUGGAAGGUCGGGCCCGAAGAGGACGCUGCAACGAGGGAAUGCUCGCAAGUAUUUGUGCUCCGCGACCAUGAAUACGAAGUGGGCUGCCUAGCCUGGUCCAUAGAUGAUAAGGUGCUACUCACAGGAGCAGAUCACGUUAUCACGCGAUGGAACGCGCAGACCGGCGCAUGCAUGGGCAAACUUCCCUCGGCCCACCAUGAGACUGUCACAGCGUUAGUAUGGUUGCCAGAUGGAUCAGGAUUCAUCUCGGGUGCUCUCGACCGCAAGAUCAUUCUAUGGGACGCUGACGGCAAGCAACGGGAUAAUUGGGGGACCACGGCUAUUCGUGUAACGGAUCUUGCGGUGACCCCAGAUUUAACUCGCGUGGUGGCAGUGGGGAUGUACCAUGUCCCAACGGUCCCGAAUCCGGGCCCCCAUAACGGCGCCGAUUCAGGAACGGGGGCAGCUGCAGGGACGCCGGGAGUGUCGCAAAGGGAGACUCGCAUGAUUGUGUACGACUUAGCAACGAAGCAGCCAGAAGCGUCAAUCCGCCUGGAAGGGGAGCUCACGAGCGUGAGCAUCUCACAGGACUCCCGCUAUGCAUUGGUCAACCACACUCCGGACGAAAUUCAUCUGUGGGAUCUAAAUACGGCUCGGUUAGUGCGCAAGUUAACCGGACAGCGUCAAGGCAACCACGUUAUUCGGAGCUGUUUUGGUGGCGUCGACGGCAACUUCGUCGCGAGCGGAAGCGAAGAUGCGAACGUGUAUAUCUGGCACCGGGAUAGCGGCGCCUUACUCGAAGUCCUAUCAGGCCAUGGGAGAGGAAGUGUUAAUGCUGUGGCGUGGAACCCGCGCAACGCGAGAAUGUUUGCCAGUUGUUCUGACGAUGCUACUGUCAGAAUCUGGGAGAGCGAGCCCGGCGGAACGUUCUCAAGCGACAUCGCGCGAAUCAGCGAGCCGGAUUCGAAAGGCAAGGGCAAGACGCGCGAACGCUGGGAUGCAACCGGCGGCCGUGCUCACACUUCGGGAUUGACACUCUGACGACUGUGGUCAGCCUUCUAUUGAUCUUUCACUUCAACUGUGCAUAUAUAUCAUUCAAUCCCUGCAUAUUCAUGGAACUUACACAAUCAACACAAACAACCCUUCAGAUUCCUGGCUUGUCUCCCUAACCAACUGUACAUUGCAUAUUAUAGA